AUGGAGCCCGAGGCAGCCUUCGGAGGAGCCCGGAGGAGCCUGGACGAGGCACCAGGCAAAAACCUGGAUGGGUUGCUGAGCUUGCCUCCUUUCCCGGCCGGCGGCCCCUGCAGGAACGCGGCUCUCGCCGGGGCGGGCGGCGCGUCCAGCCCCUCAGCGCACGGCCCCUCCACUUACGCGCCCCUGGAUGGGCCCCUGCCUCCCUUCGGCUCCGGGGAGCCUUCUUUGGCCAAACAGUGCAUCCCAUGUCCGGCCGUCUCACAGACGCCUUCAGCCAGCAGCACUUCGCCUUUCCCUUACGGCUGUUUAGGCGGCGGCUGCUAUUCGUACCGAGUGGCCCGCAGCUCCCUUAAGCCGUGUCCGGCGCCGCCCCAAGCCGCCUACACCGCCGAGAAGUACUUGGAGGUUUGUGGGCCUACAGCCGGUGCGCCCCCCUCCCAAGAGGAUUAUACCACCCGCCCGGCUGAGUUCGCUUUCUACCCGGGCUACGCUGGACCUUACCAGUCCAUGACCAGCUACUUGGACGUUUCUGUGGUUCAGACCCUCGGAGGACCUCCGGGAGACCCCAGGCACGAAACUCUCCUGCCCGUCGAUCCUUACCACGACUCCUGGGCCUUGGCUGGGGGCUGGAACAACCAAGUGUGUUGCCCCAAGGAGCUCAACCCUCCAGGGCCCUUUUGGAAAACUGCCUUUACAGACGCCGUAAGUCAAUCGCCCCCCGAGGGCUGUACCUUCCGACGCGGCCGCAAGAAGAGAAUCCCGUACAGCAAAGGGCAGCUGAAAGAGCUGGAGAAGGAAUAUUCCAGCAGCAAGUUCAUCACCAAGGACAAGAGGAGGAAGAUUUCCGCCGCCACUAACUUGACCGAGAGACAAAUCACCAUCUGGUUUCAGAACCGGAGGGUGAAGGAGAAGAAAGUGGUGGCCAAGGUCAAAAGCGCCACCGCCAGCGGCAGUAGUGGAGGCGGUGACGACGCCUCUUGA